AUGACUCCCCCAUACCUCACCGAGAUCACCUUCCUCUGGCUAAAGUGGAGGUUCCCCGCGUCGGUGCCCUGGCUUCUGCUGGGCUCUCUCCUCACCUCCUUCAUUGUCACCCUACUGGUUUUUGGGGGGAACCGCGCUUUGUAUAAAGGGUCCUUCACUAGAAAACCUUUCGGGAACAUGAUGCAUCAGUGGAGCAGGAUUCUGGAAAUGUACUAUUUCCUGCCCCUGAAACUGAUCACUCUUUCAGUUCCUGGCUCUGUUUUUCUGGUCUCGAUUGCUCUGUUGAUUGACUCUCUGAGGAGACGCGCAUGGAGGAUGCAGCACAGUGCUCACAGCCUGCAGGAUCCCAGCGGCCAGGCUCACACCAGAGCUCUGAAGUCACUAGUCUCCUUCCUUGUUCUUUAUACUCUGUCUUUCAUGUCCCUGAUCAUCGAUGCUGCAGGGUUCUGCUCCUCAGAGAGUGACUGGUACUGGCCAUGGCAAAUUUUAAUCUACUCGUGCACAUCCAUCCAUCCCUUUAUCCUCAUCCUCCGCAGCCUCAGGCUUCGGGGGGUGUUCGGGCAGCUGAUUUUGUUGGCCAGGAGCUUCUGGGUGGCCGAGGUGGUGUGA